AUGCUCCCUCUCGGUGUGCUCGUGGCGACGCUUGCGAGCGUCGCGCUUGGCGCAAACAACAGCUGUAAAGCGCCGCCCGCCAGCGGCUCGUCCGGUCCCGAGACCAGAUCCCUGGAUGACAUGCACAAGGCGCUUAUCGAGAAGAAGGCCACUACCGUCACGGUCUGGCACGGCGGCGACGAGAAGAACCAGCAGGACUUCCUCAAGACGGAGUUUGAGAAGCGCUUCCCCGGCAUGACGCUCAACAUCACGGUCGACUUGUCCAAGUACCACGACGUGCGGCUCGACGAGCAGCUCGCGGCCGGCCCCGGCGGCGUCUUCAUCGACAGCAUCAUCCUGCAGACGCUGAACGACUACCCGCGCUGGGCGUCCGAGGGCGCGCUCCUCAAGUACGCGCCGGCCGGCUUCGACCAGGUCGAGACGCCCUUCAAGGCCCCCGACGCGGCCUGGUACGGCGUCUACAUCUUCUUCUGGUCCAACGGCUGGAACACGGAGAAGCUGCCGGGCAUCGCGGCCCCGGCCGAGUACACUGACUGGCUCCGCCCCGAGUUCAAGAACAAGCUGGUCCUGACGUACCCCCACGACGACGAUGCCGUGCUGUUUGCUUUUGACCUCAUUAUGAAGCAGUAUGGCGACUCGUGGCUCGACGACCUGCUGAAGCAGAACCCGCGCUGGGUGCGCGGAACCGCCACGCCCGCCAUCCUGGCCGCACAGGCGGACGCCAAGGACGCCGCUGCCUUCUUCGCCACCGGCGGCGGCUUCGGCUCCGCGCCGCCCCUCAACUUUUCGCAACCGACCGAGGGCCAGUACGUGUCCUGGGCGCAGUACGCCGGCAUCCUCAAGGACGCGCCCAACGUGGAGGGCGCCAAGCUGCUGCACAACUUCAUCCUCAGCCCCGAGUACCAAAAGGCCAUGGGCACCUGGUCCGUUCGCGGCGACAUGCCCACGCCCGAGGGCUUCCCCGACAUCAAGAAGCAGAACGCGACCGAUCCCACCAUCUUUGCCAAGUUCAUGGAGGACCGCGACACGAUCGAGAAGCUUAAGCUCAAGUUCCAGGCCGCUAUUGGCCCGGUCGAGGGAUUGAACCCUAUUGAUGACGACGUCAACCUAACGAGCUAG